GGUUUGCCGCCGUAUAUUAUUAGGGUUGAUAAGCUCGAUCUACUAAGGGAUAAGGGUAUUAUAUAUUAUCGAAAGCUAUAUUUAGCAGGGGUAGACGCUAUUAGGAGCGUCAACCUAGGAGUGAUAUAUAGAAGUAUAGUGUUAUUUAGAUAG